AUGAGACCUUCAUUAGUACUUCGAGUAAGACCACGUCGUCCAGAACGUCCAAACCAAACCCCGCUACUCCCUCCUUUGAAAUUAUACCGUGCCAUACUACGAGCUCAUGUACAUAAGUUACCUCAAGAAUUGCGUUAUUUAGGUGAUCAAUACGUGAAAAAGGAGUUUAAAGAUCAUAAAAAGAUUGACAAUCCUUUGCAUGUAGUUGGGUUCUUAACUGAAUGGCAGGAUUAUUUAAAACAGGUUGAUGGGGGGAAAUGGCUUGAUGGGAAAUUGAGCAAAACAGAGUUGGAUAAGAUGACUCCUGAGCAAGUGGGCCAAUUGUAUGAAUUGAUGCAAGCAACAAAGAAAAUAGGUGAGGACGAAGUGCUGGAAUGA